UAUUUAUAUACCUUUUGUAGUCGAAAAUCAAUAUUCUAUAUAAUUAUAAUACACGCACGAUCCGUGGAAUUUAUGAACGUCCAUCAACCCAUUCAGAUCUGAUAAAAUGAACACAACAUAAUGAAAAAUGAAUGUCACAUAUUGUAACUUUUGAAGCGGAGGGGUUCCGCACGCGAGCAAAUUUUUACUGCAAGAUAGUUACACAUCUUCUUUUCACAGAUUUCUACUCAACGGAUAAAUGAAUCGAAUCGAUCUACGAACGACCGUCGAGUAUUUUUAGUGUUCAAUGGCAUCCUGUAAAAUUUGAUCCUAGCCAAACGUCAAUCGAUUUAUAGGCUAUCAAAAUGACGGGUAAAUUUCAAGCGGAAUUCAAAACGCCAUGGGCCCUGAUGAAAGCGUCGGCAGAAUUUAUUCCGAGAAUUUUUGGGCCCAAGGGAUCGGUGAGACGCUAACUUGAUUCACGUAUUUUUAUAUCUCGGGAGAUGCAAUUUAACAAAAGCCGUUAGUUUCAUCGAAUUCAUGAAAAUCAAAUUCGGAAAAAACUAAAUUUGUAGUGCGAGCCCUUCGCAGCUGCAGGGUCGAUGACGUAUUUCAACAAGAGGGAAGCGUCCGUGGAACGUGAUGGGAGAAAAAUAGUCAGAGGGUACGAUCGUUUACGUGACACGACCCCUUUUAACCCGAAACAAAAACGAUGUGAUCGAAUGCAGCCAGGUCUGAUCUGGGAAGGAAUUUACGACGAAAACAUGAGGCGCAAAGUUGCCAUCAACACUAGCCACUGGCAUGGUAGAUCCAAUAGAAUUCAAUUAGACUUUCCAGAGAGCAAGUUCUAUCGGUCUAAUAAAAUACAAGACCAAUUCUACAGAAGGAAUAACAUAAACGUAGACUCAGAACUGGACAGACAAUGUCACACCUAUUGAAGUGAAUAACGCCUCUUUUCGGAUCUUCGCAAUACACAUUCCUCGUUAUUUUCUCCUUUCAAUACGUGAAUUACAAAUUUGUACGUGUCAGAUUCUGAAAAAGCCCAAUGAAAGCUCCUCGAAUAUGUGUAACGAACAAUUCUGAUUAGAUUUUGAAUAUUAUUUCACGGUCGAUUGAAUUCAAAUCUUUUCUGAAUUUCGAUCGACGAGUCAAGACUUGGUGUAGGUCAUGCCAUUAUCAGAGGAGAAUACGUCUCAGAUAUGAUAAGAAAAUAAGCGGUCCCACCUUCUGAGUAAUGCGUAAAGUUCAACGUGCAGUUCGGAAUAUAGCGUACGUUAUUCCGAGAAAUUGAACAUAACAGAGUCCGGAAUGUGCGAUGCACAAAUUCGUGAAACACACUGGGUGGAUAUGCGCUAAACCGAAGCCAGGCUUGACCAAACUGCAGAAGUUUGUUUGCGGGGGAUAGAAACGUUUGCGCGCAUAAACAGGAUAACUGCUUCGAUAACUCGACGUCUAUACCUAUAGGAUUUCAUGCGUCACGAUGCACGUCGUGAUAUACGCUGCGUUGUUACUGCGCAAUUUACGACUCGCUCGACACGUUCGGUGUCAUUGGUUUUCAGCUUCUCAUUUUCGGGACAGCGUCGUAAAGUGAACGUCAAAAUAACCCUUUGACGAAAUUAAUGCACGAUCAAUUAUUCGGGAUUAUACUUGCGAGCGUAAUCCUUCGAUUCAUCUAAUAAUUAAAGCGGAAGGUAAAUGGAUCUUCUGACCACUGCAGCUUACACGUGAAACGUACAAGCGAAAUCCCUCGUGCUUAGCGAUCUGGGUGUACACACCGAGGGUAUACCUAUAUUAUAAUCUUUCAAGAUGCUAUACGUGUAUAAUUCUAUCUUCUAUACCGUACAGAGAAUC